AUGGGCCCGCGUCGCAAACCGGAGACCCCAAGGGAGAGACCCUCCCGCCCGGCGCCCGGACCCUCGCAGCCAUCCGUGAGCCCGCGCCGCAAACCGAGGACUCCGACGAGGCGACCCUCCAGCCCGGCGCCCGGACCCUCGCCGCCAUCCGUGAGCCCGCGCCGCCGCAAGCCGAGGACUCCGACGAGGCGACCCUCCAGCCCGGCGCCCGGACCCUCGGGACGGAGCUCCGGUGUAGGCGCUCAGACACUGCGCAGAAGACGGAGAUUCCUAUGGCUUAAGGAAGUGAAGACCCUGCAGCGGAGCACAGACCUCUUGCUAAGGAAGAAGCCUUUCAGCCUCGUUGUAAGAGAAAUAUGUGGAAAAUACAGUCGUGGUGUGGAUUUAUGGUGGCAAGCCCAUGCCUUGUUGGCCCUUCAAGAGGCAGCAGAAGCUUUUCUCGUCCACCUCUUUGAGGACGCCUAUCUCCUCUCCUUACAUGCUGGCCGGGUCACGCUUUUCCCCAAAGACAUUCAGCUGAGCAGGAGGAUCCGAGGCAUCGAGGGUGGACUCGGCUGA